AUGCCGCCUGCACAUUCCUCGGGCUUGGCAACCAGCCGCCAUGCUCCUGUGGUUCUCUUGACGGACCGCCUCGAAAAGCCUUCGCUCGACGACCGUGACUAUCGCGUUGUCCGCCUCGAGAACGGGCUAGAGGUGCUUCUCGUCCACGACCCGAAGGCCGAUAAGGCCAGUGCUGCCUUGGACGUCAAUGUUGGCAAUUUCAGCGAUUCCAAAGAGAUGCCUGGCUUGGCACAUGGUGUAGAACAUCUUUUAUUCAUGGGCACAAAGAAAUAUCCCGGGGAAAACGAAUACAACCAGUACUUGGCUGCCAACUCGGGCAGCUGCAAUGCCUACACGGCGGCUACUUCCACCAACUUCUUCUUUGAGGUGGCGGCCAAGCCAGCCAACGAUGAAGAACCUUCAGACGCCAAUCCGUCACCGCUCUUCGGGGCCCUUGACCGCUUUGCGCAAUUUUUUAUUGAGCCCUUGUUUUUGGAAAACACGCUGGACAGAGAGUUGAACGCUGUGAAUGACGAGAACCGCAAGAACUUGCAAAAUGAUACCUGGCGCUUAAACCAGCUGAACAAGUCACUAGCCAAUCCCGAGCACCCUUACUGUCAUUUCUCUACGGGCAACUUGGAAGUGCUCAAGACGAAACCCGAAUCACAAGGGAUCAAUGUUCGCGACAAGUUCGUCGAGUUCCACGACAAGCACUACUCUGCCAACCGAAUGAAGCUCGUUGUUCUUGGCCGCGAGCCCCUUGACGUACUACAGAAAUGGGUCGUGGAACUUUUCUCGGGCAUUGAAAACAAGAAUCUGUCUCCGAACAGGUGGACCCAGGAACCACUGUAUCGUGAUGCCGACCUGGGCACGCAGUGCUUUGCCAAACCAGUCUUGGACUCAAGAACUCUGAGUCUGUUGUUUCCCUUCAUUGAUGAGGAGGGUAUGUUUGAGACGCAGCCGAGCAGAUACAUUAGCCACCUAGUUGGGCAUGAAGGCCGCGGCAGCCUCUUCUCAUACCUCAAAAACAAGGGCUGGGCCAAUAGCCUAUCUGCCGGUGCGUAUCCAGUGUGCCCUGGAUCGCCCAGUAUAUUUGAAAUGGAAGUGAGGCUCACCAAGGAGGCACGUACAAAAGGAUUGGAUCACUACCUCGAAAUCCCUACGAUCUUUUUCCAGUACGUCGCAAUGCUACGGGAAAGUCCUCCGCAGGAAUGGAUAUUUGAAGAACAGAAGGUCAUGGCCGAGCAGGACUUCAAGUUUAAACAAAAGACACUGGCUAGCAAAUUCACGAGUUCCAUCAGCUCAGUCAUGCAGAAGCCUUUGCCCCGUGAGUGGUUGCUUAGCGGACAAAAGCGAUUGCGAACUUUUGACGCCUCACUUAUUACAAAGGCUUUGGAAAGGUUGCGCCCAGAGAACAUGAGACUUGUCAUUGUUUCUCAAGAGUAUCCAGGAAACUGGGACAAGAGGGAAUAUUGGUAUGGAACAGAGUACCGUCACGAAAAAAUACCCCAGAGCCUCAUGGCCGAACUCCAAAAGGCCCUCACAAUGUCCAAAAAUAAGCGUCUGCCUGAAUUACAUCUGCCGCACAAGAACAACUUCAUCCCCAAUAAGUUUGACGUGGAGAAAAGGGAGGUCUCAAAACCUGCAUUGGCUCCACGGGUCUUACGGCAUGACCAAGGAGCGCGGACUUGGUGGAAGAAGGACGAUACAUUUUGGGUUCCCAAAGCAAAUGUCUUUGUUAGCUUACAAAACCCUAUUAUCUCCACAUCUGUGAAGAAUUGCGUCGAGGCAACACUCUUCACUCAGCUGGUCGAAGAUGCCCUCGAGGAAUAUUCAUACGAUGCUGCACUCGCUGGGUUACAGUAUAGCGCCUCGCUUGAUACGCGAGGGCUCUGCAUAAAGCUCUCUGGAUACAAUGAGAAACUCCCUGUCAUGCUGGAGCAGGUGGUUAACACCAUGAGAGACCUCGAUAUCCAGGAGGAUCGCUUUCAUAUCGUCCAUGAGCGGCUUGUACGUGCCUAUGAAAACUCACAACUUCAGUCGUCCUUUCAACAAAUAGGAGGCUAUUUGUCGUGGCUUAACUCCGAGACUCGUUACAAUGUAGAGGAAAUGGCUGCCGAGCUUAAGCACGCCACUGCUGGUGCUGUGCGACUUUUCCAAAAGCAAAUACUGUCUCAGUUGUACAUUGAAGUAUACGCACAUGGCAACCUGUCUCGAGGCGACGCUGUCAGGUUGACUGACAUGGUCGAGUCCAUGCUCAGGCCUCGCCCUCUGCCUCGGUCUCAGUGGCCGAUUAUUCGCUCGCUCAUACUCCCCCGUGGUUCCAAUUUUGUUUACAAGAAGGAGCUGAAAGAUCCUCAAACUAUUAAUCAUUGUAUUGAGACAUGGUUUUACGUUGGCGACGAAGCCGACCGUCAACUCAGAGCAAAGACCCUUCUUACUGCACAGAUGAUCCAUGAGCCCGCGUUUGACCAACUUCGCACCAAGGAGCAACUUGGGUAUGUCGUCUUCUCAGGCACGAGAUCCUUUUCGACUACUUCCGGACUUCGAUUCUUGAUACAAAGCACUCAGAAACCCAAGUACAUUGACAGACGAAUUGAGGCCUUUUUGGUUCAAUUUGGGAAGAAGCUUGAGCAGAUGAGCGACUCCGAGUUCGAGAAUCACAAGCGAAGUCUGAUUGUGAGACGCCUCGAGAAACUGCGUAAUCUCGAUCAGGAAUCGUCGAGACAAUGGGGUCAGAUCGAUGGCGAGUAUUACGACUUCGAGCUAAACCAGCACGACGCAGCCCACGUUAAGCCACUUACCAAGAUGGAAAUGGUGCAAUUCUACAAGACAUAUUUCCACCCCUGUUCGAGCACUCGUUCUCGCAUCUCAGUGCACCUCAAGGCACGCGGCCUGGACACAAAAGUCAUGGAAAUAUUGAAAGAAGCAGGUGUUGAGGAUGUCCCAAAAAAGAAGCGGGGGAGUGUUGACGUCUUACGCGAGUAUCUUGAAAGCGGCGAGAUUCUCGAAAGCGAAAAGCUGAAUGCUGUUAUUUCAAAGAUCCAGAAAUGCGGACUUCCUCCGGCUGCCGAAACUGACGCAACAAAUGGGUCUACGAAAGAUACCGGCGCAGUCGAAACAGCUCAGAAGAUUACCGACGUACGCCAGUUCAAAGCUAGUCUGCAGGCUAGCUCAGGCGUCCGACCUGUCAAGCAAGUGAGUGAGUUUGAAGAGACCGAUGCCAAGUUAUAA